CGGGGUUUUGCUGGACAGGAAGCAAGGGAUUUUUUUUUUUCUAAUACUCCUUUCUUCGCGUACUGCUUGGUGCACUUGUCUGCCUCUUUUCCUCUCUCUCUCUUUUUGGAAGCAGCACCACUAUCACCACUUUUAGGUCCUGCUAGGAUAUGACCGUUUGAAGAAAACUUAAACUAAUGAAUAGAACACAAAACAACACCGAAAACACCAACGCAAAGUCGACUCCACAAGCAGUGUUUAACUACGCACAAGCUGCGAAGAGAAGCUCGCAGACACAGGAAACGCCAUCCAAUCAUAGAACUACUACCGCAUCAUCAUCCAACACAACGGCUACCUCAGGUCCAGAUUCACCCGCUGAUAAAUCCAAUCUCAAUGGCAACCAACGGAUAAAUGGAUCACAGACUUCACCAUCACCCUCUGGAGAAAAGGCCACGCCUCCCUCGUUUGCUGCGGCUUUAGGAAGCACUUUGCCAAAUGCAUCGAAUGCUAAGCCGUCAUCUACACCUUCGAAAACAUCUAGAAAUGCUCCCGUUCAGCUCCCUCGAGCACCGCCGGCCGAUGCUGGUAAAACUAUUCAGUUUGGUUCCAUCAAUCAGCCUGCGAAUGAGCCACCUUCGGCUUCCAAAGCAGCCGAUGUUCAAACUCCUCACAAGCCUACAGAAGUAGCCUUUGGUAGCUUACCUGCCGUCGACACAUCAUCGGGUUAUUCUCAACGACGCGGUUCCAACAACUCCAUGGGUGACUCGCAAAAUGCAUCUCAACCUCAUUAUCAAACCAAUCAUGGUGGCCGUCAUUACGGUGGUCAUCGCCAGCAUUACAACCAUCAGGGAAAACACAACCCUCAGAUGGGUCAUUCUCCCAACAUUCAAAAUGCGCAAUCGGGAUACAUUCCUCAUCAUCCCAAGAAACCCAUCUCGCCUCACAUGGCUACUGCCACUUCUCCAUCUUUGCCUCCCGCUCAGAACAUUUCUCCUCAUACAUGGACAGCACCCAUGUCAGGUCACGGUCAAUACUAUGUGCGCCAAGAUUAUGAAGGUCAUCCUCAGUAUUUCCCGGCCCAGUAUCCUCCUAUGCCAAUGUCACCUUAUGGCGGCAUGGGGGCACGUCCUGCACAAUCCUUUAUUCAACCUCCUAGAAGCAAGGCGUUGGCCAUUAUUGAUCCUGUGACGAAAGAAAAGAUCAAGACUGAUUCCAUCCUUUCCAGCCCCCUUUCCGGCACCAGCAGUAAAGAUUCCGGAAGAUCCGACGAUAAGAAGGACAAGAGUGCGAAACCCGUCUUAACUUUCUCCCCUCCUCGACCUGUGAAGAUCGUCGAUCCUGCCAUCAAGCAGAGUGAAGAACGUGAAAAGGCCGAACAGGAAGAAGCUGCUCGCAAACAAAAGGAGGAAGAGGAACGUAAACUGAAGGAAGAGGCUGAACGCAAGGAGCGUGAGGAGAAGGAACGCCUUGAAGCCGAAAAGAAGGCGCAAGAAGAAAAAGAGCGCAAGGAGCGUGAAGAGAAGGAGCGCGCCGAAGCUGAACGCAAGGCUCAGGAAGAAAAGGAACGUGAAGAGAAGGAACGUAAGGAAAAGGAAGAAAAGGAACGUCAAGAACGUGAAGAGCGUGAGCAGCGUCAACGUGAAGAAAACGAACGCAAGGAACGUGAACAGAAGGAGCACGAAGAAGCUCUCGCUCGCGAAGCUGAAGAAACCCGUGUUCGUGAAGCCGAAGAAAAGCAAAAGAAGGAACAGGAAGAUGAAAAGCGAAAGAAGGAAGAAGAACAACGUAUUGCUUCCAUCGCCGCCACUAAGGCCGGUCGUGCUCCUGGUCAUCUAGAUCUUUCGGCUAUUCCUCCUCACGUCAUGUCCGAAUCGCCUGCUCAAUCGCCUUCCACCCCUACUCGUUCUCCCAAGGUUCCUACCACUCCCAUGCGUACCAUUGAAGAUCCCAGCACCAUCCAAUACCCGCCCAAUGUCAAGGCUCCCCAGGGAGGUAAAUUGUCCGAAACGGGCAAGAUUCAGUACGAUCCGGCUUUCUUGCUCCAGUUCCAGCCUCUUUGCUUGGAGACCAACGAAGACUUGUCCGCGUUCCAGAACAUUGGUGAUGAACAAAACGACCGUGGUUCCCGCGGUGGUAUGCAACGACGACAAACCUCGGAACGUGGUGGUCGUGGUCCCCGUACACCUGGUUCCCCCAUGGAUGGUGGAAUGUUCCGCCACGGUUCGCGUGACGGACGUGCCGAAAUGGGUAAAUUCGCUGGUGGCCGUCCCAUUGGUCGCCAAGGUAGCGGUAGUCAUAACAUGCCUUCUCCCGGUGGUCCCGGUUCCCCUAUGCAACGUGAUGGAUCUCACGGUGGUCGCAGCCGUAGCGGUCGUGGUGGCAAGGGCCGUCAUCCUCCCAGAGAACAGCAAGGUGGACCUACCAUUCCCAUGGAUCAAGUCGUGCCUUUGGAGAAGAGUCAGAACCGAUGGAUGCCGGUGGCUUUGACAGGCCAAGCCCAGAAACCCGCCGACGACAGUGAUUUGAUACCCCAGGAUGUGAUCAUUCGUAAGGUCAAGUCCUUGCUGAACAAAUUGACGCUUGAAAAGUUCGACUCCAUUUCCGAUCAGAUUUUCUCGUAUGCCAAGCAGUCGGAAAAGGAAAACAAUGGCGAAUCCCUUCGUACCGUCAUUCGUUUGACUUUUGAAAAAGCUUGUGAUGAACCGCCUUUUGCCAGCAUGUGGGCUCAACUUUGUCGCAAGAUGUGUGACCUGAUGACCGAUGAUAUCCGCGAUGAGACCACUGUCAGCCAGGAUGGCGAAGUCGUCUCUGGUGUGUUCCUUUUCCGCAAAUACCUCCUCAAUCGUUGUCAGUCCGAAUUCGAACGCGGUUGGAAGACCAAUUUGCCCAAGUUGGAAGAAAGUGGCGGUGAAGUAAUGAUGACCGAUGAAUACUACGCUGCAGCCAAAGCCAAGCGUCAAGGUCUGGGUCUCGUCCAGUUCAUUGGUGAACUUUACAAGCGAAGCAUGCUUACCGACCGUAUCAUGUUGGAGUGCUUGAAGCGUCUGUGUAACAAUGCUUCCCAGGCCGAAGAUGAAGAAGUCGAAUCGCUGUGUAAAUUGCUCACCACCAUUGGUGCCGUCAUGGACAAGAGCCCCAAGCGACAGGGAUGGAUCGACGUCUUCUUCAAACGCAUGAAGGAAGAAAUGAUGACCAGCCCCAACUUGAGCUCCAGAGUCAAGUUCAUGAUUCAGGAUGUCUUUGAUCUCCGUAAGAGCAAGUGGGUCCCUCGUCGUGGUAACCAACCCGCUCCUACUACCAUUGCCCAGAUUCAUCAAGAGGCUGAAAAGGCCAAGAGUCAGCAAGAAAAGGAGUCGAUGAAGCGUACUUCCAGCAGCCGUGGUCCUCCUCCUCACAGCAUGUCACGACAGAGCUCUCAUCGUGGUGGUGGCGGCAGAGAUAUGCAACGUGAAAACUCGAGCAGCGGUGCACCUCAGACCGAUGGAUGGAGCACAGUGGGUGCUGGUAGCCCUACAGGUACUCCUCGAGGUCGUGUGAAUGAUUUAACCAAUUUCGGCAAGACCGACCGUAGCCGACCGCGCGGUAACGUGUUGGGUCCCUCCAACAGUCCGUUUGCCAGCUUGAACCGCACUCUCACCAAUAAAGGCAAUGAAAAGAUCGGACCCGCUGGCGAUGGCAGAUCUAGCCCAGCUCCUCAAACCACCAAUAUCUUUGAUAUGUUGGGUGGUGAGGGCCAUGAAGAAGAGAAGCCUGUGGAAAGAAAGAAAUUGCAACUGUUGCCUCGUGGUGCUUCGAUGCCAUCCGAGGAAUCCGAUGAUACCUCUAGCCCAGCUGGUGCGGCCGCUUCCAGUGAAGACAAGCCCAAGUUGAGCGAAGAUGCUGUCAAGCGCAAGGCUAAGAAUACAUUGGAAGAAUACUACAAUAUCCGUGAUAAGAAGGAAUUGUACGAAUGCGUCAAGGAAUUCGAUGAAUUGGAUCAUCGUGUUAUUCUUGUCACUCAGAUGCUUUCUGUGGUGGAAAAGAAGGAAAACGAUGUCAACAUGGUGUGUGAGAUGAUUGGCGACCUGUACAAAGAAAACCUGAUCGAAAAGGAAGCUUUCAUCAAGGCACUGCAACCAUUCAUGGAAGGAUACGAAGAUUUGACCAUCGACGUUCCUCAAGCAGGCAAAUAUGUGGCCAAGAUUCUUGUCGCUGCCAAGGUUGAACCUUCCGAGGUGAUGCCCGAAGAAGAAGAGGAUGACUCUGGUUACGUGCCGCCUAGCAAACAAUUAAAAGCAGAAUAUGAAAAGGUUUUGAAUGCAAGCAAGGACGCGAGCGCCUAAAGAAGAAAAAAAAAUAAGAAAAAAGUAGUAAACCAUACAAUCCCUAAAAUUUGUGUUUUCUUUCGUUUUUGUACCAUUAUUAGGUUUUUCCGGUGACCUUUUUCUAUUCACCCCACCUGGAUUUAAAGGACUAAAUAUGUAAAUGUUAUCAAUAUUUCAGGAUCACUGGAGAGAUGACCUUUUGUAAAGAAGAGAAAAAAAAAUUAAUAGAUGCUCCAUUCUUGUAACAUUUGCAUUCACCAUCAAAAAUUAACAAGAGAGGCCACCAUUUAUUGAAACGAAAGCAUAUUACUGUAGCGUCUUCUCCCAGUUUGAUUGCAAUGCCUCAUACAGUUUCAAC